AUGGAACCUACUUAUACACACGAUGUGAAAGGAAACGCUGGCGAGCUGAAGGAUUAUGGCCAUAUACAGGGCCAACGUCUAUUCACUAGCAAUAGCAUCCAACUUGAUGCUGCGAAUCUGUUGGAAAUGUACUGAUUUUGCGAUUAUAGUCUUUCGGUGUACUGACAUUGAAAACCUUCUUGCUCUUUCGGUGGUGAAGGUGUAGACUUUAAUGCUCCAGGAUGGAGUAACAAUGAAGACCAAUUGGUACUCUCAAACAGGACCCAAACCAAUAAUUGAAGAAGGCCAUUAUCAGAUGGAAAUAGAAGAGUCUAUCUUCGAACAAAAUUAGAGUAUUUGCAUCAUUUCUUGCAGACUGUAGAAGACUCUUCAAAAAUACUUGUGAAUGGAAAACCCAAAGUAAACUGCAAACUUCCAAGAAUUAGUUCUCGCAGGUCUCACUACACCGGGGUAUUUAAAAAUAAUCUGAGAUGGCAGGCUUUCGUCAACAUUCGUAACAAGAAAACUUAUAUUAAGACUUGCACUACUCAAGAAGAAGCAGCCAGAGCUUUUGACUGAGUGUCUCUUCUUCUUAACAGAAAGGAGGCUGUGACCAAUUACAAUUAUUCACAAAGUGACAUCUAUUCGCUUUUUGAUGACCAUGCUGACAUAGUUAAUAAAUUUUGCUCAUAAUCGAUUUCUAUAGCCUA